UGGUAGAGCUUUCAUUUCUCAUAGUAUAUGUUCUGUGGGCUGUGCGCUGUGCGUAGCUCAGUAGUCAGUAGUUGUUCUAUUGAUGUGCAAAUGGCGGAAAUGUUAUGUUUUAAUUUCUUCUGUACGUUAUAAGAUAAACUACACGCAAUGGCGACAUCAAAGACUACCAACACAUAUAACAGACAAAAUUGGGAGGAUGCGGAAUUCCCGAUAUUGUGUCAGACGUGUUUAGGAGACAAUCCAUACAUUCGUAUGACAAAAGAGAGAUAUGGAAAGGAAUGCAAAAUAUGUAUGCGACCGUUCACAGUGUUCAGAUGGUGUCCAGGAGCAAGAAUGAGAUUUAAAAAAACCGAAGUUUGCCAGACGUGCAGUCGAUUGAAGAACGUAUGUCAAACAUGUCUACUGGAUUUGGAAUACGGCCUGCCCAUUCAGGUCCGCGAUGCUGCUUUAAAGAUUAAGGAUGAUCUUCCGCGUUCAGAUGUAAAUAAGGAAUAUUAUGUACAAAAUAUAGACAACGAAAUCGGCAAAAUUGAUCCGACGACGCCGGCUGGCGCCGUCGGGAAGUCCGCUGCAGCUAGCGAUUUGCUGAUGAAGCUGGCUAGAACGAGUCCUUAUUAUAAGCGAAACAGGCCGCACAUUUGCUCGUUCUGGGUAAAAGGCGAAUGCAAGAGAGGCGAGGAGUGUCCUUAUCGGCAUGAGAAGCCAACGGAUCCCGAUGAUCCACUAGCGGAUCAAAAUAUAAAGGAUCGUUACUAUGGGGUGAACGAUCCGGUGGCAGAUAAGUUGAUGCGCCGGGCAGCAGCGAUGCCGAAGCUAGACCCGCCUGAGGACAAGUCUAUCACGACGCUGUACAUCGGCAAUUUGGGCGAUGUAUUGACGGAGAAGCAACUACGCGACCAUUUUUAUCAGUAUGGUGAAAUCCGCAUGGUAACGAUGGUGCAGCGGCAGCAGUGUGCCUUCAUCCAAUACACGCAGCGGAGCGCGGCCGAGGCGGCGGCAGAGAGGACGUUCAACAAGCUAAUUCUAGGCGGCAGACGGCUCACGAUCAAGUGGGGUCGUUCGCAGGGUAGACAAACUGUUUCUGCGGCGGAUACGACGAGGGAGAUCCUUGAACCCGUACCGGGACUGCCAGGUGCAUUGCCGCCGCCACCAGAAAACAUGGGCAAUAAUUUCUUCAAUCUACAAACCACUCCUGGCAUAAUGCCGCCGAUGAUGAUUCCGCCGCCGCCGGUUGCCCCUCAAUUCAUGUUCCCGCCGCAAAUGGCUACUGCUACCGCAGCACCAAUUUUCCCUCCGGGAACGACCCCCAUUCAUUAUCCGAGCCAGGAUCCGUCCAGGAUGGGCGCAUCACAGGGUAUUGGCAAGCCCUGGCCGGAGGAAUAAUUUAAUAAUACAAUGUGAAUUUUUGUAAUUGUAAUGAUAAUAUUUGUAGCGGAAAUAUAUGUUCUUUCUUUUAACUUUUA